CUUUGUCCCUGCUCUGGGCGUCUGCAGCCGUCCUCGGCCUCCCGCCGCCUGAGUCCUCUCUGACUCUGGUUAGGACGUCAAUUCUGGAGCUCUAGGCUUCCGUCGGGGCAGCAGGUCGGAUUCCCUCUUGCCUUUCCCCGAGGUGUGAGAAUAUGGAGGUUUCUCAGCCAGAUGAGUUUCAACAUACCCCACAGGAAGAAGAUGACUUGGAAUUCAAGGAAGAGGAAGAUUUGGCCCCAGGCCAUGAAGUAGGAAGUGUCCCUCUCAAACCUGAUAGUAUCCAGACUUGGGAUGACUUAUGGAUUCACAGAGAGGGGCUAGGGAAGCCCCAAGCUCGGGAUGGAGGCCCUCGAGUCCUGGGAGAGCCUCGCUGGGGCCAGGCCAGUAGUGACCGAGCCGCAGUGUGUGGAGAGUGUGGCAAGUGUUUCCGGCAGAUGUCAGAUCUCGUGAAACACCAGCGAACUCACACCGGCGAGAAACCUUACAAAUGCGGGGUCUGUGGCAAGGGGUUUGGGGAUAGCUCAGCCCGCAUCAAACACCAGCGAACUCACACUGGUGAGAAACCCUACAGAGCCCGGCCCCCAGCCCAGGGUCCCCCAAAGAUUCCUCGGCCCCGGAUCCCUGCUGGUGAGCGCCCUACCAUCUGCGGUGAAUGUGGCAAAAGCUUCCGGCAGAGUUCCGACCUGGUCAAACACCAGCGGACACACACGGGUGAGAAACCCUACAAGUGUGGCAUUUGUGGCAAGGGCUUUGGUGACAGUUCAGCCCGCAUAAAGCACCAGCGGACACACAGAGGGGAGCAGGCCCCUCGGCCAGUGGUGACUCGCCGGCAACCAUCUCAGGCCGCUGCAGGAGCUGCACCUGGACCCAAGGCUCAGGAGAAGCCGUACAUCUGCACUGACUGUGGCAAAAGGUUUGUGCUUAGCUGCAGCCUCCUAAGCCACCAGCGCAGUCACCUAGGACCCAAGCCCUUUGGCUGUGAUGUGUGUGGCAAGGAAUUUGCCCGGGGCUCUGACCUGGUGAAGCACCUGCGCGUACACACAGGUGAGAAGCCCUACCUGUGCCCCGAGUGUGGCAAGGGCUUUGCUGACAGUUCCGCCCGGGUCAAGCACCUCCGCACCCACAGCGGUGAGAGGCCUCAUGCCUGCCCGGAAUGUGACCGCACCUUUAGCCUCAGCUCCACCCUUCUUCGUCACCGCCUUACUCACAUGGAGCCCCAGGACUUCAGUUUCCCUGGUUAUCCGGUAGCCUCCCUGAUCCCCAGCCCACCUCCUCCUCCUCUUGGCACCAGCCCAUCCCUGACACCUCGAAGUCCUUCACACACUAGUGAUGGGCCCUUUGGCCUGCCUGGCUUGGAGCCAGAGCCUGCAGGUCCACAGGCUGGGGAGCCACCCCCACCCUUGGCAGGGGACAAACCCCACAAGUGUCCUGAGUGUGGGAAGGGCUUCCGAAGAAGCUCCGAUCUGGUGAAACACCAUCGUGUGCACACAGGGGAAAAACCCUACCUCUGUCCUGAAUGUGGAAAGGGUUUUGCUGACAGCUCUGCUCGAGUCAAGCACCUCCGUACCCACCGGGGUGAACACGCCCGGCCGCCUCCACCAUCUACUCUUCUGCGGCCACAUAAUCCACCUGGCCCGGCACCUGCAGCCUCUCAGCCCCGAGUCCGAGCGCAGCCCUCCGGACCCGGCCAGCCCCAUGUGUGCAGCUUCUGUGGGAAGGAGUUCCCCCGAAGCUCAGAUCUAGUCAAACACAGGCGAACACACACUGGGGAGAAGCCAUACAAAUGUGCAGAGUGUGGCAAGGGCUUUGGUGAUAGCUCUGCUCGCAUCAAGCACCAGCGUGGGCACCUGGUCUUGAGGCCUUUUGGGAUAGGGGAUGGUCGGGCAAGGGCGCUGAAGGAGGAGCCUCCAGCAGGACUGGAAUGAUGGGAGCCCAGGGAGGCCCCAGAUACCAAAGGGAAGGUGUUUGUGCUGAAGCGGAGAAGGGCCUGGGAGGCAGUGGGAGGGAGAGAGAAGGAGGGAAAGAAACAGGUAGAAAUAGAGAUUGGAAACUAACCUUCAUGCUCAGAAAACUGGCUAGGUGUCAGGACUUUGCAGUAUGUGCUACACCACAGCUUCUAGAGCACUGCCUAGCACAUAGUAGGCACUUAAUACAUACUUGUAAAGUUUAUAUACUGGCUUUAGCCUGAGGAUUCUUAACCCAAACAUCUGCCUCAGUUUAAGAUUGACCUCUCCCAAGCUAACCCUGGGAGAAUAGGGGUUGUUUGACUUAAUGGGGUGCAGCAAUGGGACUCCCGGAACUGAAGGUGCCAAUAUGAGGCAGGGGCAUUUUGACCACCCUGAUGGGGAAAAAAUAUUGCUGUGUUUGGUAGGCACGCCCCACUCCCAGCCUUGGGCCACUGGGCAUGGUCUUAGCCAGGAAGGACACUUUGGUACAGAAACCAGACUUAAAUACCCCUUCCCACUCAGAUAUCUGGACACAUGUUGAAUAAACCAGAGACAAGGAGCACUCAGCAUCUGGUCUGGGUGGCAGACCUGGGAGCUUGUGGACAUGUGGGGAGACCUGCUGGCCCGGCCAGGGCAGGACCAGAGUAAGCAGAGGCAGGGGGUCCCUAAGGCCCCAAGGCCACAUUUUUAUAUGUCUUCUAAUACUGUUUAUUGUCUGAGGCUUGGGCUUUGUGGUAGAGGUAUGCACACAUACAGGUACAGGCCCCCGACAAGGAUUGAAAAAGGUGUAUAGUCACCUAACUGGCAAAACUCAACCAUGUGUAAACUUGUACGGGUCCCUUGCUCUCCUUACAUCCAUUAAAUAAAGAGGUUGUCUUCACAUA